AUGGUUUGGGCUGCUGAGCACGGGCAAAUACAAACAGCUGAGAAGUUGAUCUUGGAAGGGAUUGACGUAAAAUCUAUGAACUGUUUUGGUUUAAGGCCUCUUAACUGUGCAGCUUACAGUGGACAAAAGGAAUUUGUUGCAUUUUUACUUGCAAAUGGGGCUGAUCCUGAACAAAAGGGCUUGUUUGGACGCACCCCACUGCAUGAGGCAGCACGCAGUGGCUAUGAAGAGGUGGUCCGGCUUUUCUUAGCGGAAGGGGUUGACCUGGAACCUACAGAUUCAGAUGGCCGAACCCCCUUGCAUGCCGCGGCAUGCCACGGCCACGACGCGGUGACUAGCAUCUUGCUUGAGAAUUGUGUUCAUCUGAAAUUGAUGGAUUCCAAGGAUCUACUGGGUUACACACCAUUAUUGUAUGCAGCAAAGGGAGGAUAUGAAGCAGUGGUCAUGCAAUUGAUUGCGAAAGGAGCCCGGCUGAUCUAG